UACGUCGUUUGUACUUUGUUCAGGCAGAUCAGGCGUACCCUUAAGUUAGGGCGGCCUGAUCAUAUUGUCUUAUGUGUCCGUAUUUCGCCUGAAGGCUUUGGAUGCCAGGACGAGUGACGGGAGAGACUUUAAGAAAAUGGUAGAGGAUGUUGUUGCCCAACUUGAUGUGGAAAAAGAGGCAAAGACAGCGGGAAAGGCUAUGGCGGCACCGCAGACUCAGGGAAAGGCGAAGAAGGCGGUGGUGCAAGAGGAGGAAGAAGAGGAAGAAGAGGAGCCCGAACCUCCAAAGCUAACGAAGACUCAAAGAAAGGCGAAAAUUUUGGCUCAAGGGGAGCAAGGCUCGGGAAGAGGACAGGUCCCGCAAGCGACAGCACUGCCUCCCCCGGAGUCGCCCAGUCAGGCCGCGCCAGCACCCGAUGGACCGUGGUCAGCUUAUGGACCUCCAAGCUUUGGCCUGGGCACUGUUCAUAUGUACCAUAGCCGGUUGAGGAAAGAAGAGGACGAGAAGGCUGAGCAAAGAGCUAAAAAGAGGGGCGGCAAACCUGACACGGACAAUACCUCAGAAGUAAAGAAAAAGAAGUAUGCUGUUCGAGUAGAAGAAGGAUUCGAUGUGGAGGAAAUAAUGGACAAGAUCCUCGAAGGUCAUAACCACCUUAUGAACCUGAAGGACGUCCUGGCCUCGACGCCAAGGCUCAAGGAUGAGCUAAAAGCGCGAUUAUCUAGGAAAAUGGUGGCCAGUGUGCGAUUAGCGACCAUAAUCCCUAAAGAGGCAGAAUGGGCUGAGACAGGUACUAAGAUGGAAUGGAAGUCGGUCGCAUGUGGGUGCCUAGAUGUAGUGGUGAAAGGACAGACGUGCACAACGAUGGUGGACAGUGGUGCAAAGAUGAACCUUAUAAAAGAGGAGCAUGCUUUGCACCUAGGAAUGAAAAUAGACCGCUCUGAUAUUGGGGUCCUGAUGGGGGCGAACAGUCGAUCGGUGUUCAUAGGGACUGCAUUAUCGGAAGAGGCGGUCAGGAAUACGGUGCUAGAUCAGGAAGAGGUGGUAGAGCAGGAAAAAGGUGACAAUGUAAUCCACGAGAGGAAAGAUGAUGACUUUGAAGAAGGUGAGAUUAAGGAAGCGUUUCGAGCAGAGGAAUAUGAAGGAGUAUACCUUGAACUCGGAAUGCUUCUGUCGUGUGAGAUAAGGGAAAGAGACGCUUGUGCCAGAGUCUUGAAGAUGAGGCCUAGUUUCCUAAUGACGGAUGACCAUCUGUUCAUGAGAAGCAAAGGGAAGGCUUCCAGAAGAGUAGUCUGCGGCGUCGCUUGCCAGAUUGACGUUAUGGCAGCAAUGCACGAUGGUACAGCGGGUGGUCACAAAAACACGGAUACGACAUAUCUCAAGAUACACGAGCUGUACUAUUGGGAUGGCAUGGGACAGAUGAUCGAUGAUUAUUGUAAGUCAUGUGUACCAUGCCAGGAGCGAUCCUCUCUUAGACCUAGAGAGUCGCUUCACCCAAGGUAUGUUCGUGAAGUUGGGGCAGUCAUGCGCCUGGAUCUGUUGGCAAUGUCCCUGGGAAUAGGGAGCUAUAAUUUUAUGUUUGAUGCGCGAGACAACCUCUCUGGAUUUGUAGAUGGCAGGGUCAUUCGCACGAAGACAGGGGAGACGCUGGCCCGAUGCAUCGAAGAAUACUACAUGCGUUACCCCUUCGUCUCCAGAUUUGUGAUGGAUAGAGGGUCCGAGUUCACCUGUGCGGAAGUGAAGACUCUUUUGAAGAGGUAUGGGGUCAUCGCGGAAUACACUACUGCGGCGCACCCCCAAGCUAAUGCACCGGUGGAAAGAGGACAUAGCACCAUCACAAAUCUUCUCGCCAAAUGGACUGAUGGCAGACCCAAUCAGUGGCCAAAUUUUCUAAGGGUCGCUUUCUUCGUGAAUAAUAUCACUGUUAGAAGGAGCACCGGCUAUGCACCGACUACUUUAUGGUACGACAGACAUGCAACAUUUCCUAUCGAGAGCUUCCUAAAGACCUGGAGGUGGCAAGACCUCGAGACUGAUCUGACCUUUGAGGAACUGCUGGAUUUAAGAGCACGUCAGAUUGACGCUAUAGAGGACAGAAUUGAGGGAGCGGCAAGUAGAGUGGCGACCAACCAUAGCAAGGACAAGUUCAGGUGGGAUAAAAUGGCAAGAGUAAGGAAAGAGUCUCUCAAGGUGGGAGACAUUGUGCUGUUGGACAAGAGGUGGUUGAGACCAUACAGGGUCACCACGUGUGGGGAACACGAAGCCUACCAGAUUGAGGAGUUGAAUGGGACAACAUGGAAAGACUGGGUGUCAGGCUCAAGGCUGAAGAAGUUUACUGCUCGAGACGAGGCGGGUGAAAGAGGAAGUUUGGAAAAGAGAAAGAGGGGACCAAAACCAGAGGCGGCCGAAAGAAGGACGUUUGAGCAGGGCAUGUCUUCAGGGACUCAGAGGGAGGACAAGAGGAAGGAGCACAAAUCCCAUAGGCACGAAGGACCAGGAGGGUCAGGUGGUCUAGGGGUGCCUCCCCAGCCUGCCCAGAUGGAAGUGGACUGUCCUAUGCUAGACAUAGAGCCAGACAGGCCUCAUGAGCCACAGGUACAGGAUCAGAAGGAGGAGCAGUCUGCCCAGGAGAAGGAACUGGACAAGAAAGAGAGAGCGGCAAGGGAUCAGGAGAUCAAGGUUCAACUAAGCAUGAAGAACCUUGCUGAGCUGCAUGAGAGGAUGCAGCAGGGGAAAGAGCCUGAGCAGGUAGAUGACAGAAGGGGUAAGGGCACUUGCACCCAGGAGGAGGACCUGCCCCUGCUUUCAGAAGUCUGGAUCGGCUUUGACAGGCUAAUGGAGGUUGCAGGAAGAUCAAGAGGAUAUCACCAAGAGAUGAGGGCCAAAUUGGUCUCUACAGACGUACUUAACCUGAGGGGUGUGAUGAGGGAAGGCUUCGCAGCAACCAGGACUUCAGACGAGAAGGUUGGAGAGAGGUUGACAAAGGUGGCACAAAAGGUAUAUGGCCAGAGAGUAGAUUGGGAGAAAGAAGUCGAGGACUUGAAGAAGGAAUUGGGGAGGCAAGGCAAGGAGGUGGAGGCAGUGAGAGCAGAUAUGGAGAAGGUUUGGGCAAAGAACGAGGCUGUCAGGCAAGUCAACCAGACCCUUAAAAAGGUCAAUGACGUCCUGAGGGCCUACCUACAGGCACAACAAGUUUCCUUCCAAGCAAAGGAGGCUGAAUCGAAAAAAAGGAUACAAAACCUUGAGACCAAGUGUACGCGGCAGACUCCAACUGCAGUGGUGGACUGGACAGAGGUCCAAGCGUUUGAGAUCAGGGAGCGACCGGCUGCAGAAGCCUUCAGAUGCCAGAAGGAAGAAGAGAAGGCAAACGAGCAGGAAGACGAGGAGAUUCCCCUGAUAGAUAAAGAGAUGUUGGAGCCGCAAGGAGAACUAGCUGUGUGAGAAGCUCAGAGGUUGGAGGAUUUGAGUGGAGGAUGCCGGCGGGUCUGACACGGGAACAAGAGCCG